AUGGAUAAUGAUAUUGCAGGUUGUGAACAAACAAGAUCAGAUUCUGAGGAUGAACCUAGACGUUCUAGAAUUGGGAGCCUGAGAAAAAAGGCGAUUAGUUGUUCGACUAAACUUACUCAUCCUCUGAAGCGAAAAGGGAAACGGAAAAUCGAUUACCCGAUGCCUGUAAUCGAGGAUGUUAGGGAUGCGAAAGAGGAGAAGAUUGUUUCUGAAUUGCGUCAAUUACUUUUGAAGAAAGAUUUGUUGCCUCCAAUGCAUGAUGAUUACCAUAUGUUGUUGAGGUUCCUGAAAACAAUGGAAUUCAACAUCGAUAAAACUGUCGCGGCAUGGGAAGAGAUGCUUAAAUGGAGGAAAGAAUUUGGAACGGAUCGCAUUAUUCAAGAAUUCAAUUUCAAAGAGUUGGACAAAGUUACACGGCACUAUCCUCAAGGGUAUCAUGGAGUUGAUCAAGAUGGUAGACCUAUCUAUAUCGAGAGACUCGGGAAAGCUCAUCCUGGUAAGCUUAUGGAUGUUACCACGAUAGAGCGAUACUUGAAGUACCAUGUACAAGAAUUUGAGAGGGCUCUUCAAGAGAAGCUCCCUGCCUGUUCAAUCGCGGCAAAGCGACGAGUUACUACAACCACCACAAUACUGGAUGUUGAAGGCCUGGGUAUGAAGAACUUUUCUCCUACAGCUGCAAAUCUCCUGGCCUCCAUUGCUAAAGUAGAUUGCAAUUAUUACCCUGAGACUUUGCACCGAAUGUUCAUUGUCAAUGCAGGGAUUGGAUUCAGGACUUUGCUUUGGCCUGCUGCCCAGAAGCUUCUUGAUCCGAUGACUAUUGCAAAGAUACAAGUAUUGGAGCCAAAGUCCUUGUCCAAGUUACUUGAAGCAAUUGAUUCCAGUCAACUUCCAGAAUUCUUGGGAGGCUUAUGCAAAUGUCCUAACGAAGGAGGUUGCUUAAGGUCUAACAAAGGACCAUGGAAUGAUCCUGAAAUAGUUGAGCUCGUACAUCACAUGGAAGUAAACAUCGUACCGCAUACUACAAGAACUCCACUUCAUAUAAGAGAUAAUAAUUCCACUACUCACAUGAUCCCUCUUGAGGAAAGGUGUAUGGAAAGUUUUAAAGAAGAGCCAGAUUCUGAAGAACAUUACUUUUCCAGUGGGUCGAGAUCUUCAAUGUACACUAGUUUAGUUCCUCCACUCUCAGAUAAGGCUAGUACAUCAGACGGUGAUAAAUUCAUUACCACCGUGGAAUCUGUAGAACCCGCUCAAGGAGAAUGGUCUCAGGCCCGGUUGCGUAACACGAACACUGAAAACUCAUCUUCUUCAACUACAUCUAGAAGAGAAGGGGGCCAGAUUUUACGGUUUGGUAUUCUUAGAGAGAAAUUCAAUGGCGAGAACAUCAUUCACUUGGUGAAGAUAUUACUAGCCUUCCCACUGAAGCUAUUUGCUCUCUUUAGUAUCUUAUUGCCUAGAUACAGGCAAAGACAGAACUAUGUGGUUGUUCCAGAUUCAUCGGUAAACAACCAGAUUAUUCAGUGUUUGGAUCGUCUUAAGAAGAUGGAGAAAGAAUUCACAGAGAUUAGUAGAAUCCCUGUAAAGAUCCCAGAAGCACAAGAGAAGCUAAUAACGGAAUCUCUCGAGAGGAUAAAGUCUCUAGAACUCGAUCUCGACAAAACCAAAUCAGUAUUACAUGUAACAUUAACAAAACAGCUUCAGAUCACAGAACAUCUUGAAUCACAUUACCAAGAACGAAGAAAAGGAUGCUAUGGUGCCUUUGAAUCUCAGAAUUUGGUUAUUGGAAGAAACUUGCUUCAGACCAAGAAAACAUGUCCAGUGAACUUCGAGUUUAUGAACUACACGGUCAUAAAAAACGAAUGCAAAGGUCCAAAGUACCCACCAAAGGAAUGUUGCGCCGCCUUCAAGGACUUUGCUUGUCCUUACGUCGACGAGCUCAACGACCUGAGCACAGAUUGUGCAACCACUAUGUUCAGUUACAUCAACCUCUACGGUAAAUACCCGCCUGGACUUUUCGCUAACCAGUGUAAAGAAGGUAAAGAAGGUCUAGAGUGCCCUGCUUUGCCUCCUGCUUCAGCUGCAGACGUAAACGCAGCCACCACCGCUUCUUCUCGUCUUUGGCUGACAGUUUCUGCGGCUCUUUUGGUGUUUGUUAAGUUGUUCUGA